AGCAGACAAACCUCAGCUCAAACAAAGCAUCUGGACCCCCACGACUGAUAUGAUGGCUGCACAAUCAUGCGACGAGUGGUAGUAACCGGCCUUGGAGCUAUCACACCCCUGGGCGUUGGUAUUCGACGAACUUGGAGCCGUCUUCUCGCGGGUGAGAGUGGCAUUGUCAGUAUUGCUCAGUACACGCCGGCACCACAAUGGCGGGAGCUUCCCAGCACAGUUGCCGGAAUUGUUCCAGAGGGGAGUAAAGACGAGGGGAGAUGGCAGGCCUCGGACUGGCUAGACAAGGGAGAUGAACGUCGAAUGGCAAAAUUCACACAGUACGCAAUCGCUGCCACCGACAUGGCCCUGGAUGAUGCUGGGUGGAGACCAAACACACAAGCGGAACAGGAAAGCACCGGCGUGUGCUUAGGCAGUGGAAUCGGAAAUCUUGAGGAGCUUUACAAAACCAGCGUGGCCUAUGAUAAGACUGGCUACAAGAAAGUCUCUCCUCUGUUCGUUCCACAACUACUCAUAAACCUUGGCGCGGGUCACAUAUCCAUGAAGUAUGGAUUCCAAGGUCCAAAUCAUGCUGUAACGACUGCUUGUACGACUGGUGCCCAUGCUAUCGGCGACGCCUCGAGAUUCAUUGCUUUUGGAGACGCAGAUGUGAUGGUUGCAGGUGGCUCGGAAUCUUGUAUCCAUCCGCUUGCACUUGCAGGUUUUUCAAGGUCUCGUUCGCUUGUUACCACCUUUAAUCACGAUCCCACUGCAUCCUCUCGGCCAUUCGACAACGAUAGAGGCGGCUUUGUGAUUGCCGAGGGCUCAGGAGUGGUCGUCUUAGAAGAGCUGGAACAUGCAAAGGCACGCGGCGCUCGCAUUUAUGCCGAAGUCAGAGGCUAUGGGUGCAGUGGCGAUGCUUACCAUAUUACUGCUCCAAGAGAUGACGGGAAGGGAGCUCUGCUAGCCAUGAAGCGAGCGUUAAAAAACUCUGGCAUACUGCCGAAAGAUGUCGAUUACAUCAAUGCCCAUGCUACGAGUACACAACUUGGAGAUGUCGCUGAGAAUGCGGCCAUCACAACAUUGAUGCUUGGAAGUGAGGGCGUUGAUACACCGGGCCAGAUAGCAGUCUCCAGCACGAAAGGCGCUAUCGGUCAUCUACUUGGAGCUGCCGGCGCUGUUGAGGCAAUAUUUUCGAUACUGGCUGUGAAAGAAAACAUCCUUCCGCCAACCCUGAACCUUCACCAUAAGGGCGAACAAUUCAGAUGCAACUACGUCCCGCUGGCAGCUCAAGAGAAGACCGUCAACGUAGCGCUAUCGAAUAGUUUUGGCUUUGGAGGUACCAAUGCCUCAUUGGCCUUCUCAAAAUACAAGUGAUACCACAAGACUGUACUCCACUC